AUGGCGGACGGGCUGGAGCGCGUCCGCGUCUCGGCCGCGGAGCUGCGGGACAUGGUGGCCGCGCAGGCCCGCGCCGGGGCCUCCGGAGGAGCAGAAAACAUGAAGGAGGUGAAGGAGCCACGGCAUCGCAAAGACAACAGGCGCCCAGAUCUGGAGAUCUACAAGCCUGGCCUCUCCCGACUGAGGAGCAAACUUGUGUCACCAAAGCACGAGGCCUCUGAGAAGGAAAGGAGCGGAGCUGAGGAAGGCAAGGGAGAGAGUGGCCCUUCAGGAGGAGGAUCCUUCAGCAGAAGAGCCUCCAGUCAUGGAGAACUUCAGCAUGGUGACAGCCACAACCAGAACGGUCCUUCACUGGGAAACGAAGAGGCAGAGACUAAAGGUGGUCUUCAGAGCCAGGAGAACUCGUGCACGCAGCUUGCUGUGGAAGAAUCUUGUGCCAAGAUCACGAGGAGAGCCAAGAAGCCAGACCAGCAGAUCUAUCAGCCAGGGAAGCGUCUGCAUUCGGCUGCUAAAGAACUCGCCCUACGGUCGACUACUGAGGAAAUCAGCUCUAAGAUGGAACAGCUGAGAGUUGAAGGAGAUGAGGAGACUCAGAAAGGUACUGCGGAAGACAACAACAGGAAAACCAAGUCAAACAAAGAGGAUAGAGAGGGAAGCCAGGCAGGGGAUGGAGUGAAAACCUCUAGGGUAGAUAAAGGAAGACGGCUAGAGCGAAGUGACAGGAUGAGGAGAGCACACGAUGAAGUGACACAGGGGAAGCUGGGUGCUACAAAGCGGUACUCCCGCUCUGACAAGCGGCGGAGCCGAUACCGCACGUGCAGCACAAGCUCAGCUGGAAGCAACAAUAGUGUAGAUGGAGCCCCGCUGGUGGAUGGGAUGGAGAGACGGCAGGAGCGUGCUAGAAUACGUCCUAGGAAGCAGCUCUCUGCAUCCUCCACUGACUCCUUGGAUGAUGACAGAAUUGAUGAGGCAGAAGCGUAUGUCUCCAGCAGGAUUUCAGACAGGAAAAAGCGUUCAGAGCAGAGUCGAGCUUCUAGGAGCGAGAGUGAGUGGAGCAGCAACGGCAGGGAAGUCAAGGGACACUUCCGAGUCACAUUUGACAGCAAGACUAUGAACAGGGAUAUCACUCUAGCAGACACAGAUAAAAAAAAGCCCCUGAAGGCGUUUGCUAGUUGCAAUGACUCAGAGACUUUGGAGGCGAGGAGCCAGAGCAGAGAGCCCCAGGGGAAGGGCCGUGGGAUUCUGUUCUUGCCUGCCAAUACAGACCUCUCUGCCAGUGCCACGGGUUCCCCCGAACCCAGUCACCCCGGGCCCCGGCUGCUGCUCGGUGGUGCUGGCAGUAAGGGCUCCCGAAGUCGGGGCCGAGGUGGCACCGCUCGCAGGUUGUGGGACCCCAACAACCCGGACCAAAAACCCGCCCUGAAGAGCCAAACCCCGCAGCUUCACUUCCUAGACACGGACGACGAAGUGAGUCCCACCUCCUGGGGGGAAGCCCGCCAGGCCCAGACAUCCUAUUAUAAGUUCCAAAACUCUGACAACCCUUACUAUUACCCUCGAGCUGCCGGGCAAGGCCCGCAGUAUCCUUACAGUGGGUACUCCCUGCAGUAUCCAAUGGGUCCAAGCAAUGGCGUGUACCCAGGAGCCUAUUACCCUGGGUACCCCGGCCAGGCAGGGCAGUACAUGUGUGGCCCACUCACCCCAGCUCCUCUGAGUCCUGAGAUGGAGCAGCAGAUGCGGAACAUGCAGCAGCAGGAGCUCAGCAAACUCCUCCGCGAGGCUGGGAACCAGGAGCAGCAGCUCAGCAAUCUACUUUCCAGAGACCGCAUCAGCCCAGAGGGGCUGGAGAAGAUGGCCCAGCUGAGGGUGGAGAUGCUGCAGCUGUACGAGCGGUGCAUUUUGAUGGAUAUCGAGUUCUCUGAUACCCAGAAUGUGGACCAGCUGCUGUGGAAGAAUGCCUUUUACCAAGUGAUUGAGAAAUUCCGGCAGCUCCUCAAGGACCCUCUGGGGGAAAAUGCCCAAGAAAUACGGAACAAACUUCUCCAGCUUCUAGAUGAGGGCACUGCCUUUUUUGACGGCUUACUCCAGAAGCUGCAGGUGUCGUACCAGUUCAAGCUGGAGGACUAUAUGGAUGGGAUGGCCAUCCGCAGUAAGCCUCUGCGGAAAAUGGUGAAGUAUGCUCUGAUCAGUGCCCAGAGGUGUAUGAUUUGUCAAGGGGACAUUUGCCGAUACAGAGAACAAGCAAAUGACACUGCAAACUAUGGGAAGGCACGCAGCUGGUACCUGAAGGCUCAACAAAUUGCUCCCAAAAACGGCCGCCCGUACAACCAGCUGGCACUCCUGGCCAUCUACACGAGGAGAAAGCUGGAUGCCGUCUACUACUACAUGCGCAGUCUGGCAGCUAGUAACCCCAUCCUCACAGCCAAGGAGAGCCUCAUGAGUCUGUUUGAAGAGACAAAACGCAAGGCAGAGCAGAUGGAGCAGAAGAAGCACCAGGCGCUGGAGCUGAGCCCCAGCCGUCGAGGGAAGGGCAAGAAGUCCACGCUGCGACAAGUCGGAGACGAUGCCACGCGGCUGGAGAUCUGGAUCCAUCCUUCCCACCCCCGCUCCUCUCAGGGCCAUGAGUCCGGCAGAGAUUCUGAGCAGGACAAUGGUCUUGGGAACCUCAGCCCCAGCGACCUGAACAAAAGGUUCAUCCUCAGUUUUCUCCAUGCCCAUGGGAAGCUGUUUACCAGGAUUGGGAUGGAGACGUUCCCUGCGGUGGCCGAGGAGGUCCUGAGGGAGUUCCAGGUCCUGCUGCAGCACAGCCCCCCUCCCAUCGGAAGCACCCGCAUGCUCCAGCUCGUGGCAAUCAACAUGUUUGCAGUGUACAACUCCCAGCCCAAAGAGUGCAUCUCUGAGGACUGCCGCUCCGUCAUCCAAGAACAGGCCACGGCCCUGGGGCUCUCCAUGUUUGCACUCCUGGUGAGGAGGUGCACCAGUUUGCUGAGAGAAUGCGUGCAAGUUCCACCACAAGAGGUGGAGCAGGAGGAUGAGGAGGAUGACAUCAAGGUCUCUGCCUUGCCCCAGGACCUGAAGGAGCUUCUCCCCAGCGUGAAGGUCUGGUCAGACUGGAUGCUUGGUCACCCCGACACCUGGAAUCCUCCACCGACCUCUCUCGAGCUCCCCAAACAGGUCUCAGUAGAUGUGUGGGCGACGCUGGCUGACUUCUGUAACAUACUGACCGCAGUGAAUCAGUCGGAGGUGCCCUUGUACAAGGACCCAGAUGACGACCUUGCCCUGCUUAGCCUGGAAGAGGAUCGGCUGCUCUCGGGCUUCGUUCCCCUGCUGGUCGCCCCCCAGGAGCCCUGCUACGUGGAGAGGACCUCGGACAAGGUUAUUGCAGCCGACUGCAAGAGGGUCACAGUUCUGAAGUAUUUCCUGGAAGCCCUUUGUGGACAAGAAGAGCCUUUGCUGGCAUUCAAGGGUGGAAAAUAUGUGUCAGUGGCACCCGUCCCAGACGCCAUGGGAAAGGAAAUGGGAAGCCAAGAGGGAAAACAACUGGAAGAUCAGAAGGAAGAUGAUGUGAGGAUUGAGGCAUUUGAAGAUGACUCAGAGGCUGAAGGCAGCGGAGGGGAGAUGGACAUCAAGGAACUCCGAGCCAAGAAGCAAGCGCUGGCCAGGAAGGUGGCAGAGCAGCAGCGUCGGCAGGACAAGAUUCAGGCUGUGCUGAAAGACCAGAGUCAAAUGAGGCAGAUGGAGCUGGAGAUAAGACCUGUCUUCCUGGUCCCAGACACCAAUGGCUUCAUCGACCACCUCAGCAGCUUGAUAACUCUGCUGGACUGCAGGAAGUUCAUCCUGGUGGUGCCCCUGAUCGUGAUAAACGAGCUGGAUGGCCUGGCCAAGGGCCCGGAGAUGGAGCACCGGGCUGCAGGCUAUGCCCGCCAAGUGCAGGAGAGAGCCAGGAAGUCCAUCGAGUUCCUGGAGGAGCGGUUCGAGGGCCGUGACAACUGCCUGAGGGCUCUGACCAGCCGAGGCAACGAGCUGGAGUCCAUCUCCUUCCGCAGUGAAGACACCACCGGCCAGCAGGGAAAUAACGACGACCUGAUUCUGUCCUGCUGCCUCCACUAUUGCAACGACAAGGCCAAGGAUUUCAUGCCCUCUAACAAAGACGAUCCCAUCCGUCUGCUCCGCGAAGUGGUUCUGCUGACGGAUGAUCGCAACCUGCGAGUCAAAGCGCUGACCCGCAACGUGCCGGUGCGGGACAUCCCCACCUUCCUCAAAUGGGCCCAGGAAGGCUGAGGGGGGCCGAGCGGGGAGGAAAAGCCCCUGAGUGAGUAACGCAGAGUGUUGCGGUGGGAGACCGGCUCCGCAGGCAGCCCUCACCGCGCCGCCGCCGCCUUCCAGCCCGCAACGAACAAUAAACGCCACGUCUUCAACCCACCCCACAUGGCCGUGCUGCGAAGGGCCCCCCCCCGCCCCACCGGGGGGGGUGCAGGCGAGCUGGGAAGGUCAUUGCCGUGGAUGGUUCACGCGGAGGCCGGGACGUUGAGUGUCCCGGCGGCCUUCGGGCGGUGCUGGAGCAGAGCUGGAGAGCCCUGCUGCGUAGGGAAGCUUUGGGUGACCCCGUGCCGGAUCGCCGGCCUUUCGCUUGGUUUGCUUGGUUGCGGAGAGCUCACGUCGCCAGUCGGUGUCUCUUUGGGUUUGUAGGCUCGUACAGGGCAGAGACCGGGGACACAACGGUGCCGACUUUGGGAUUGCUUGGUCUCGCUCAGCCCCCAAGAGCUGAGCCUUUGGGAGAUGCUGUGGACUUCAAGGGCAGGUCCCCUCCUGCCCAGCUGUGUGCCCCGCGCUCGCCAUCGUCCCUGCCCAGCCUGUUCCUCCUGCAUGUCUCAGGCUGUGCUGGUUCCCCAUCCCUGCCCCGCUACCACCCCACAGAGGGGAACGCUGCCUGCUGCUUGCGGAGGCGCUCGUCCUCUCUGAUGCAGGGUUUGCUUUUUCGGUUUCAUUUCAGACUUCAGCAUAGGAUCGCUUUCAGGUGUGUGCCCUGCCUGCUUUAUGGGGGAGGAGGGCUUUGAACACCCCUGGUCCCCCCGCAGCUGCUUUCUGUUCUGCUCCCCUCCCACAACAGACGUUACCUGUUCCCACCUCUCUUCCCCCUAUCCCUGGUUCCCACACUGCUACUUUUAGCCACGUUUUCAGCCCAAGGCUCAGCAUGAGGCCAGCAAAGCGCCCCGAGUCCCUGAGGAGCCCAGGACAGGCUGUCUGGGGAUGGGGGACGGGGCUGGUGAAGCCUGGGCAGUGCCUGGCCCCGAGCCCAGCUGUGAGGGUCCCCUCUUGAGUCACCCCGAGCCCUGCAGGGACACCGCUGCCUCCCGCACCACGUCACAUUGUCCCCACCGCCAAGCCCUCAUCCCCAUGACGCUCCAGAUACAGAAGCCACGAGGGAGCAUUUACCCACGAACUGGCACCCCUGGAGCUCUGGUCACGCCCCAGUCCCAUCAGCAGAGAGUAGGACUGACCCCAGGGCCACCUCUGGUUCCCACCGGCGCACUGCAGAGGAUGCAGCAGGACCGAGCUCGGUGUUUUCCUUUCCUGCGUGGGUGGCUCGGACCUGGUGUCUGCAGCAGAGCACGUUCAAGCAGGAAGCCCGCUGUCACCCGUGCCAGCCCCACGGCGAGGACCGAAGCGGGGCUCGGGGCCUCAGCGGCGCACACGGACGAGCAGGGCCGGUGCUCACCUGUACCAUACACGUGUCCUGGCACAGGGCUCAGCGCAGGUGCAGAACGGUGCAGACUGCGGGAUCCCCGAGCAGCGCCGGCACCUGCACCUGCAGGAGGGCACACGGAGCGGCCGCGGGCGAACGCGAGCACCCAGCGGGACCCAGCUCGAUGCCGUGGAAGCAGCCCACACCUGAGCACGGCGCUGGGUGCAAGCGGCGUGCGGAGCUGUCAAAGCUGAGCGCCUUGGAGAUGCCGUGUUCUCACCGCCCUGCUCGCUGCGCUGGAUGCUCGCCCCAUGGAGGGCUGGCUGGGCAGCACAGCGGGGUCUCACCGGGCUGAGUGCGCCGGGGCCACCUGCGCCCGGCCCUUUGUUGGGGAGGUGGCCACGUUCGGGUGAUUUCGUUAAGAUGGUUUUAAGCAUUUUUAGUAUUAAACACUUGUCUGCGCA